ACAAGAAACCCAAAGAAAAAAGACGAAGAGAAAUACAAAAACAAAUACAAAAUAGAGAACAGAAGAUAGCGGAACUUAACUUUUUAGAUCACGAUGAUGUUAUAAUUAAAAGUCUAGGAGAUCGGGCCGAUUAAAACGCGCUUGUUUGCCAACGGUGGCAAGCGGCCACUGCCACCCCCGCCUGUUGAGACGCAAUUAUGCAAGUGCAGCAAUUGCAGCAGCAGCAACAGCAGCACCAGCCUAAACACCAUCAUCUCCAGGCAGAACUGUACCACCCAUUCACCCUCUACGACCACAGCAACCAUAAUGGGGACAUAAAGAUAGUUGAAGCUAAAGCUUGAGCCGGAGCAAAGCAAUUUAAUUGUGCACCAAUUGAGGAAGCAAGCCUUUGCUUUCUUCUUAGAGGAUAAGAAGGACGACGAGGACGGGGACACGAGGCAACAAUGAACAUGAAUCACAAACAACAUUCCGAACCAUUUUACAUAUCGCCAAAACUGUUUGAUAAUCGACGGUUAAAGCGACGCCGAUGCAGAUGGCUGGAACGUCUGCGGGAGCGCCAGCUUCAAUAUAUGGCCCAAAUGCAGCUUAGGGCGACUGCCAUUAAGACUGACCGAGACCAGCGCGGCAGGCAAAAGCCCAUAGCAAAGGCAAUGCCAAAUCGCUGGCAGCAGCAGCAACACCACCACCACCACCAACAACAAAAACAACGCCGUCAAGUGGCUAGCCAUUUGCCAGCGGAUAUAACCAUUGAUCUGCUUUCAGAUGACGAUGAUGAACAUGAUAAUGAUGAUGCUGAUGAGACCAAUGAACAGAUGGAGAUGCCGAAGAAGGUGAAAUCAUCAAUGGCCAUCACUUUGACCGAAAGCAUAAUUCUAACCAGUGACGAUGAUAAUGAGGAGAAUGAAAAGGAGAAGCACAAUGAUCUGCUCCGACAUCGCCAUUUAAUCCAUUCAAGUUCGCCCCCGCCACUUGCUCCGCUGACGCUCUCUGAAACUGUUGAGGAGGUGACCGUUUCCCUAGUGCCGCGCAGCUCUACAACUGCCAACUGCCGGGCGAGGGCGAGACCCAUCAAUGGCUAUGGUGCACCCGUAUCCUUUUGCAAUGGUUACUAUCCCACAGCAGCAGCAACAGCAGCAGCUACUGGCUUUUUGGAGGUGGAUGUAGGUGCAGCCACUUCCUUACCCGAUGAUGAGACCACUGUCCAUACGGUUAUAGCUAAUCGCAUCUAUGAGCUAUCGCUUAGUAAAUUACGUGAAGGUCUUGCCUCUAGCGGUAUGCCUGAAUAUUCCCAGGAUAUAUUACCCGAACAGCUCCAGAAAUUAUCACCAGCAUUACGAGCUAAAGUCGCACCACUUGUCGCUCCCAUGCCUCCGGCACCCAUUUCAUUAAAACUAUCAAGCGAUCUAAGCAUAUCCCUGAUCUCAGACGAUGAUGAUGAGAGCAAUAACCAUUAUCACCACCACAACCAUCAUCACCACCAGCACCAUCAACCGCAACGCAACCACCAAAGCCAACAUCAUCACCAGCAGCAGUCGCAGCAGCAACAGCAGCAGCACCAGCACCAGCACCUCCUUGCAACGGCAACGGGAAACAAUCAGUUAACCGGAUCUGUGUCAGACUUAGUGCGCCCAGUGGUAAUGGCAGCAGCCGCUGAGGCACAUGCAGCAGCGAAACUGCUUAAACAGCAACAGCCCCAGUUAUCGGUAGUGCAGCAUUUACAAUAUGCUGGUCCUGGCUUAAGAGUACCUGUUGCCCUGGCUCUGCCAGUGAUGGCCGGAGCGACUGGAGCAACAAUAACAACGGCGGGAACCGGAUCAGUAACGGUGGCGCCUACUCUACCUUCUGCAACAACUUCACGUCGACGAAAAUUGGGUUGAGAUUUGGUUGAGAGUCGGUCCAAUCGCAAAAGCCAUAACAUUCCCUCAGUUAUCCUGGCAAAGACGAUGAUUUACUUGUAUUUUUCCAUAUAGUUCUUAAAGCAUUUUUCCAUAAUUUCCAAGUCUCCACCAAUUCAUCUUCCUCUCCCCAUCCUCCGUCUCCCACUCUCUAUCUAUCUUAUACCCCAACUGACUAUCUUUAGCUAGCUAUCUUUUCUCUCUUGCUCUCAUAAUUUUAAGCUUUAAAACGAAACGCGGGCAAACGUACAAAAACAAACAAAAACAAAAAACGAGAAAAACCACAAAACAAAUGUA